UUAGCCAGCUGGGUAUUAUAAAACAAAGCAAUUAAUGCUAUGCUAAUAAGCUGGAUUUUAAGCAAUUCACCAUCAUUUGCUAAUUGAGGUUAAUUAGCCUGACUUGCUAAUACAUCACUUCAAAUUACAGCUGUGAUUAAUCUGACAAAUUUCAGUAUUUAACAAACUCUUCACAGUCAUCGACAUCUGAAUAGCAACCAAGUGGCUGCCUGUCUCGGAGGCAGCAGUGGUGAAGCGCAGCUCUAAUCAUGCCGAGAGCUUUUUCCUUGUGGGUGUAAUCAGGCUGUAUCCCUGUGGUGUUCAGUGGCCUACUUGUUUAACCACUGCGUUUGAAAGAAAGAAAAAAAACAACAGAAAGCUGCUACUAUGAGUUUUUAAAUGAUGUCUAAUAUGCAGCUUUAACCCCGUAACCUCCAGCCAUGCUUGACAGAGUCUGUCCAGAACCAAGAAACAGUAUCACCAUCGGCCCGCAAAUCACCCUUCAUCUACACAGCUGUUUCAAAGAAACAGGGUAUCACACACUUCCAGCCUAGCGAUAUUUGCAGAUCGCUUUCAGAUGUAUCUAUAAACACUAUCUCGUAGUGUGUGCUCAUUGCUUGAUUAUGAGGAAGUUUUGUAUGUGCAUGCAACUGGUUAAUUUUAAGUUGCACAACCUAAAAAUAAACAAAAAGAUGGCAUACUGUAGAAUACAAGAUCUAUGUACUGCUCAAGCUAUUCUCAACAGAGCCAAGCAUGCUGUACCAUGGGGGACUUGGUUCAAAUCCUGGAGUUCCUUCCUUUAUUUUCAAAGACUGCUAAUUUACCUUGUAGACAAUGAAAGGCAGGCUCUUCUAUUGAAGUGAGAUGGCACAGUGGGCUAAUUCACUAGCAUGCUGUGCUGUUCUCCUUGGAGUACUGCUUUUGAAUCCAGCUGAUCCUUUCCUUUAUUUUCAAAGAAUGGAUUCAUUUACCUUAGAAUCAGUGUGAAACACAGCUUUCCUGCAGGAGCUGGUGGUGCAGUGGGCUAAUCCUACGGCCACCUCUCCCUGAAGAUGGUGGUUUGAAUCCUGUUCUUGGAGGUGAGUUCUUGAAGUAAGUAAUAAUGUUGGUUGUAACAAAUGAUGUUAGUUGUGUUUCCACAGAUGGAUGAGGAGCAGAAGACCUUCCCUGCAGAUGGUGGAAGAUGAUGAUGAGGAGGAGGUAGGAGAGGGUAGAAAGGGGGUGUUUGCAUUAUUGAAUGCACAUAAUAAUAAGAAAAAAAACUUUUAAGAAAAGUUUUGUGCAUAUACAUUUUUUAAAAAGUGUUUGCCUUGUUCAGCAACAACCCCACCUUCCAAUAUUUAAAGAGAUAUAAAUGUUAUUUUGCCAUUGCCUGCUUUAAAAUAUUAUCAGUAGUAAAGUAAUAGUACACCUGUACUACAUUUUUUAUCAAAUCAUAAAAUAUGUUUUUAAACAGAUGCGCACGCUGGACAGCCAUAGGGUCUAUGCAAAUGAGGUAUUGCAUUUGUCAGUGUUUUGUGGGGCUUGGGUGAUAUUUGUGGGAGCACCAGAGCUAGUGCACACUGAGUUCUGAAAUGUAAUUUGAAGUUGUUGCAGCAGAUUCUUUUCAUUGACAUUACGGCACAGAUCUGAAGGGGUAUUCACAAAUCCAGCUUGGCCGAUUCAAUCCACGCCAACCCCCCUUUCUUUUAUUUUUGCAUUGUUUUUUUUUUACAUGUUCUCUUUAGUCUAGAUAUGUCAGUGUAGUCUUGAAUGUAAAUUUGCACACCCUCCUAUCUUUUCAGUACAAAAUGCUUUAAUUCACGUUGAUUUUAUACCUGUAUACCUUUUCAGAUCUGCUUUUGCAAACGUAUCAUGUGCUUUACUGUAGAAACAGUGGAGCAGUUGCAGUAUAGCUGUCAUUAAUAAAGUGCCCUGUUGUAUAAAGCUAUGAAUAUGUAUACACUUCAUCAGGGAGUAUUAUAUUGGCUGCUACCUCGAAUAUCAUUCAAACCUGGAGUUGGCCUGGAUUCCCCUCGCAGAGCUCUUGUGGGCCCCUGCAGCUUGUGCUGCCUUCUCCUUUCUGUGUGGAACAGUGGGACCGAGCGGCAAACUCUGGUCUCUGUGCCAAUUUAUUUCUAACAUGGCUGUGAAUAUCUAGCCUCCAGAUACACAGCCUGCCUCAAGAGGACUCAUUAUACUCUUGGGUCCAGGCAGAAUUGAGCACUGUACAGAGUGGCAAUCGGCAAUUUUCAUACUGCCUCCGCAUAAUUUAUUUCCAUUAAUGCUGGUCUAAAUUGGGCAUCAAAACCAGCUGAGCUGCACCUCUUUACAAUUUUUGAAUACAAGGGCUAUUACAAAAAAAAAGAGGAGAUGGAGAUUUAGAAAAGAGCAGAGAAUUGGGACUUUUCACUUUGUCAGUACAUGAUUUUUGCAGUACAGCAGGGUUCAAAUCCAGCUCAAGUCACAAAAUAGCUUUCCUCUCUUUGCCCGUAAUUGGUUUUGUCCACAGUUUAUUUGUUUAACCUUUCGAAUUGGAGGCUGUGUUUACCACCUACAGUCUGCCAGUCUGUGGAACUCAGGACAGGCAGGAAGAUGAAUGAAAACAGGUGUGGAGUACACCCCCUGGAAUCAAACAAAUUGGGGGGAGAGGUUGGGGGGGGACUGUAAUUUCAACAAUGGCAGCAUCUGCUUGGUCUCAAUCAUUUAUAUUCGGUCUGUUUCAAAUACUUUGAGAGCACAAAAACAGAAAGAAAGAGGGAUUCCCCUCUCCCAGUCCCAGUAGAAGGGUGUUCAGAUGAACCAGGUGAGGGUCUUGUUAUAGAGCAGGUGUGCUCCUUCACAAUUACACCUAAUUGAUGGCUGACUAGUGAAGGUCAAAUGCUCCAGCAGUGAAAGAUAAAUCAAAGGCUAUUUCAAACCACUCCAGCAGGGCAGAACUAGCAUUAACUUGACAGUGUGUGUUUUUAUUGUUCUCCACACCAGAAGCUGCAGCCAUUCCCCGCAUAGCUUCCUCUGAGCAUUCCCUUUUUUCAUACAGCAGAGCAGGCAGCAGAUAGCAUGAGCUGUAUCUGGAGGCAGUGUUGUAAAAUAUAAUUUAGCCACACCAGCAUUAGCUAUUAAUUACCAAAUAAACGAUAAUGCUCUCUUUACAAUCAAGACUACAGUGUAGGAAUUGCUUUAUUACUUUCAGCACUUUUAUUAUUUGUUUUACUACAGUAUUAGGAGUUUGAAAAUGGUGCUUGUAUGUUUGUGACAAAAUCAUUUUUGGUUCUUGUGUGGGCCUUAAUAGACGCUGCAGAUGAGUUUGUUUGGGAAGUGCUCUGCCUCUUGUGUACGUCAUCAAUAGGUCUGCCACUAACACCCAGACACAUGCAGGAUGUAAACACAUAUUUCUCAUGGAUUACACUCCUAUCUGAAGAUGGGAUCUACCAGUCAGGACCGGAAGCUCCUCCAGCUGUUUUGAGUACUAAUGAUAUACACAAACAUAACACUACAGAUUGGACUUCCACAUAUACAAAUUCUGUGUGGUUCUGAGUAUGCCAGCUAAGCUUUAAAACACAAAACAUGUCUUGACCUUGUUUGAUGGAUGUAUUUGUAGAGCUGUCAUAGCCAGGCCAGCUGUGCCAAAGCCCUAUGGUUCUCACCUGUCCAGAGACAGGUCUGCAGAACGAAGGUGAGGGUUGAGGUUUAGGAGUUAAAGAAGCAGUGGAAUGCACAAUCCAGGUAGGUUUAGAUAAGACAGUCGGUAUUGGGUGGGUAUUGUUAACAGUUAUAAACAUCUGUAUUAUUAGACAUUUGUAAGCAGCAUUCUCAAAUAGUUUACCAGUCUGGUAAUCAAUGAAAAUCUAACCUUAACUAGAGGACUCAUGGUUUCUCCAAUUGUUUUUAUUGAAUGCAUGGUGUAGUUGAAUGUGCUUAUUAUAAUUUGAUGAAUAUGCUUGAUUAUGUAUACUGCUACUGUGUUUUGUAACGUCAGAUUAAUUUGGAUUUCUAUGUAAUGACAUUUUGCUUUUGUUAGUCUAUCCUCAUAAGGGGCCCAGGUCUAAAUUGUGCUGUUCAUGAUUGACAUGUAUUAGUGGAAAAGCCUUUCAUUGUUUCAAUCCACAAUCCCUAUCAAGGGCACUAAAAUGACUCACUAGAAUUCAAAUUAAAGAUUGUAUUCACUUUGACUCGUGACUUUUUUAAAUCCUCUAGUGCAAUUUGGUAAUCAUAAAACCUUUAACCAGCCACAGUAACAGAUGAGGUAAUGUGCACUGGUAUUAGCAAAGAAAUAUACAGUGGCUCAGUGUGCUUUGCUUUAUGGUUUAAUUGUUUACUUGUUUUUGCUGUAAUUGCACUACCAUGUACAUUAGAAUUAUUCCUAUGUUACUUUUAAGUGGUAAGUCAUGCAUCGCUAUACUUUACAUAUAUAUACACAUACUUACAUACAUACACAUAUCUUUUGUUCAAUAUGACCUUGAUAUUGAACGACCAUUUCAUGUGGUUACCAGUAACAAGAAGAAUGUUGAGGAUAGUAUUUAUGGCAUGUAACCAGGGAGCACAAUCAACCCUCCAUCCAAUAACCUCACUAGAAACAACCGUGUUAUGGCCACUGUUAUUUUUGUGUCUGGCCACCUCUUGUUGGGUCCUGAUCCAAGAUCACAUUGUGGGUGAUAUCAUGUCAAAUACAUCCAGACACUAAGCCAAAUGUCUGGCCUGUUUACAAAUAUUAGUAACCUGCAGGGCUGUUCCGUGCCACUUCUAUUAAGAGAUAAGAGAGCGGGUCAGAGGGAUUGUGAGAGACUUGUGAUGCAAAAUCCAGAUCCAGUGAAAUUCCCAUCAAAUUAUAAAUAGCAAAACCAGACUAUAGAGUAUAAAUAAGCCCUGGUCAUCCCACCUGAGCAAGGUUUGAGGUGGAAGGUCUCUGUGUGCUUCUCUUACUUCCAAGCAAUGCUUUCCACAAGGGCGAGUGUGGGUUCCUCAGGUUCUCCUGCUGUGUGGAGGUCCUCGAGUGACUCUCAGAAUAAUCUGAAGAGUAAGAGUGCAUGCCUCCUGACACAGGUUAAAAAAAAAGACAGCCCUACUGUGAGAAAGCCCCUCAUGACGUUUUCCUGCCCAGAUGUUUUGAAGACUCUCCUCUCCCAGCACUGGAAGGACCUGCAGGAGGGAUUUUCAGAUUCUGAAGAGCUCAACAAAGAGAUCGAAUUCAAGAGUGAUGAACUGCGAUGGACAGCCACGAAAAGGGGGCUGUGGUCACUGGAGUACAAGAGGGAGCUCACCAACCCACUGUGCAUCACGGCAGCGCAGGGCUACACAGACUGCCUGCGCUACCUGCUGGAGCAUGGUGCCCGGCCCAACCUCGCUCCCGGGGGCAAGACUGCACUGCACGAGGCCUGUGAGAACAGCAACCCCGAGUGCGCCAUGCUGCUCCUGCAACAUGGGGCCAACCCCAACCUGCUGAACGAGGACGGGCUUGCACCCUUGCACCUCUGCAAGACAUCGCAGUCAUUCAGAUGUGUUAAAGUCUUACUGAGGCACGGUGCUGUGGUCGGCCAGCCCAGUGAGGAGGAAAGCCAGACUCCCCUGCAUGUGGCAGCCAAGCAUGGCCUGAGCAACCACCUGCACCUGUACCUGCGCAACGGGGCGGCGGUGGACUGCGCUGACAGCUCUGGAGAGACCCCGCUGGGGGCCGCCUGCUCUGGGGCCCAGAGCCCCGAGGAGCAGGAGAACUACCUGCAGGUGUGCCGCUUGCUGUUCCUCUAUGGGGCCAACGCCAAUGCGGUGGACAAGGAGAACAGGAGCCCGCUGCACAAGGCGUGUAAGAAUGCUCAACACAGCCUGGUCAUGCUGCUCCUGGAGAACAAGGCCGACAUCAAUGCUAUCGACUACAACGGGAGCUCGCCCCUCUCCAACGUGCUGCAGAACAGCAACCUCAAGCUGGACCUACAGCCGCACCUCACCGUGCAGAGCUUGCUCAACCAUGGGGCUCACAAAGUCUGGCCACUGGCUUUUCUCAAGGUGUUGAAGUUCUGCGCUUCUGCACCUGAAACAAUUGAAGUUUUGUUUAAUUCCUAUCACCAAAUCCAGGUGACAUGCAAGUGGAUGGAGGCUGUCCCAGAGGAAAUCUACCAGAUUCACCAGAGUUUCUACGAGUCUCUGUUUUCGCUGGAGGGUAGGCCUCGUUGUCUCCAGCACAUGUGUCGUUCCACCAUACGGAAACAAUGCGGCCACAAGUGUCAUGUCAUCAUUACACAGCUGCCACUGCCAAAGUUCCUACAACGAUACCUUUUACUAGAAACCCAGGGUGUGGUCUACUAGCCCCCCACACACCAUCAGAAGAGGUUGUGCAAUCGAUGGGGCAAUGGUAUUGCUUCAGGGUGGGUUUACAAGGGACAAAGGCGUGGAAAUCACAGCAUGUCUUGCAUGUUUUUUUAAACAGCGCCCUUUCCUUAAUUGUACAGUGAAUCAGGAGUUGUAGACGACUCUAGAUAACAGAUAAGUAAAGACACAGUUAAAAAACAAACUAGACAAACGUGCGCGCCAUACAAAUUGGACUGCCCUUCAAUCAGAUUACUGUGUCUUGGAAUAAUAUACUGUGCUAAUAUUGCGUAACUGUGUACUGUCAAGCAAAAUCAAUCAUGUCACCUCUUACUGCUUUUCUUAGUACACACUUAUGAGUUACGUUCAUCACAUCCUGCAGGGGGCACUGUGAGCUCAAUUGACCACCUGCUAACAGCAACAAUACUUAGAUGGCAAGUACAGUAUUCAUAAUGAAACUUUUUCAUCACAUCACAGGGUCUGGACAGUUACAGUUCCAAACCCUUUUUUUAAAUACAUUUUUGUUAAGGAAAUACCUACGGUUGUGUGUGUAUGUGGUUUUUUUAAAAAUAUUUUACCAUAGUUUUAAAGAAUCUUUGUACUUAAUUUGGAGAAGGAAUUUCCAAACAACUUAAAACAAAGCUUAACUGGGAGGCCAAGAUCUCCUUUAUUGAUUGUUUUCCAUUGAACUUUCUCUCUAAAAACUUAAAGUGAACUUUAUAAUAUCUGUGUCCAAUUGAUGAUCUCAGCAACUACAGGCUGACUAGCAAGAAUUACAAACUGGAGUCCCACAUGUACUGGUGCCCCAACUGGUGGUCAAUAAGAUUAAUUUGUCAAAGAGUGCAGACA